UGCAAGACUUAUCCUGCGGUCCACAACAAAGCACAUUUGGCAUUAGACUCGGCAUGCAAGCGUCUGAAACCUAAACUGCUUACACCACGUAGUCAGAGAUGUCCUCAAUAUCUUCAUUUCACAGCGCACAUGCACAAUCGUGUUUAGGGCGACCGGCGGGCUUGGGAACGUGGUCGCGACCAGCUCGGCGACGCGGCGACUUGGCGACGCGUGCAUUUAGGACCGUUCACGUCAUUCGGCCUGUGGAACUUGAUGGUUCUUUUUGUGACAGCUCGGGUCACGGCGCACCAACAGCAGCACAGCUGGCGGCCGCUGUCGCGGCGUUGUCACCACGCCCGGAGGUACUGUUGGUGGCGCCUCACCGCCGCUGCCUGCACACGGCCGCUGUGGCGCUUGCGGGCCGGAGCCCGGGUGAGGAGCCGCCCAGAGUGGAGAUCGAGCCGCUGCUGCGCUCCCAGGGCGCCGCCGGCGUGAUGGUCGCCAGCCGUGAGGUGGCGGCGCAAUAUCCGGGCGUGUCGUUGCCCGCCUGUAUGGCGCAAGACGGCUGGUGGCGGCUGGCGGCGGCGGCGGACGGCGAGGGGGCGUCGACUGCUGCUGCCGAUGGACCAGUUGCGACACGGGAGCUGGAUCCAGAGCCGGAGCCGGCAGCAGCAGCGGGAACAGCAGGCGGCGCGGCAGCGGCGGCAGCGGCAGCAGCAGCGGCAGCAGCGGCAGGAGCCGCACCGUCGGGGACGGGGCGGGCAGCAGUGGCGGUGGUGGAGGCGGAGGCGGAGGCGGAGUUGGGGGAAACGGAAGCCUGUUUCGCCCACCGGCUGGUGCGGCUGCGUCAGGCGCUGGCUGACCGGCCGGCGCGGGUGGUGGCACUGCUGGCGGAGGACGAGCGGCUCACGGCCACGGUGCGUAUGGAGCUGUUCUGCAGCCGCUGCCGCUGCGGCGCGUGCUGGGCGCCCGCCAAGUGGUGACACGCACACGUGCGCGGGCGGGCGGCGUGACGGGGGCCUGGGUGCCUUGCGACGGGGCGGUUAUUAGUGACGUGGCAGAGGAAGCAUAGGUGCGACGGGGCGGGUGGUGGUGGUGGUGCAUUUCCGCCGAUGCAGCAGGUGCAGGAUGCACGAGGUGUGUGCGACACCAGCAGGGCCUUACACAUCUGCUGCCUGCAUUGGCUCAGCCUGCUGUUCCUGAUGAUGAGGACACGGCCGCCUGCACUUCCACAGCUGCCUGCAUUUGCACGGGCUGCUUUCGAUGAUGAGGACACGGCCGCGGUUGAGGCCGUGGCGGGCCGCCGCCGGCUGCUUGACAGGAGCGGGGCGUGCAGUGUGUAGGUGUUAACGGAGCGUGCAAGCAUGCAUACAUGGUGAAAGAGGAGAUGUGCUUUGGGCGCAGGGCGGCGGACUGCGUGAUGAACGGCUGGCAGAACCAAUGGAACUACCGUAGCUGAAAGCCUGUAGCGGUCAACCCAUAAUGUGCCAGUAAUAUGUACCGAGAUCAGGUAGUAGGUGUGGAGUGUGGGUGAGCAUGCAGGGCGGUGCAAGAGCUGUGACAUCUGUCUUGUUGAAUCCCAGACGUGACCGAAAUUGCCAGAGCCAGGAGCAUACCCCACAUAAUGUACACUAAAUUUGAAAUGGCGAGCACAGUCAGUUGUAUCCACGGACAAGUCUCAAACCGGCACCGAUGUCUGUUACUAUCGGA